AUGCCUACAUCCGGUCCUCCUCGAAGACUAUCUCAGCCACCAGCCAGACGGCCUCUAACCGGCAGACCGAAUGAUGAAGCUCGAGACACACAAGUCGAGAGCUUCCAAGAAGAGUCUGAGCCAGAGCCACAUGGCCGUCGCAGACAGACCUUCGGCACACCGUCAACUCGAUCCGGAUCACCCCCUCCCUUUCCUCCCCUUGCUCCCUUCUCUCCACCAUAUCCCCACAUCACACCAACAACAAGACCUCUCGCCCCACCACCCAAGAGACGCAACCACCGAACCAUCCUCUCGACUCUACUCAGCAAACGCAAACGACACACAACCCUCCACCACCGCACAGAUCACAGCCGGAAGACAUCCGGCCGCCAACGACUCCAGCAACAAAACAAUGCCAAAGUCACCCAACAAUGCCUUUCUCCAAACAAAGGACUCUACCGCGCCAAGGGGCAGGGGAUUUAUCCCCCGUCGUCAACAUCCUCAAAGAAUCUUCACAACCGGGUAGCUGCGUCCCCAGACAAAGAGAACCUCCCCCCAGAAGAUGAAAAGCUCCUGCACAGAGAACCCAGCAACGACGACGAAGGGGCUGCCGAUGAGAUGCAUAAAGAUGUGGGUGGGGCCGGCGGUUGUUCGCAAUCUGCACCUGUGUCUGGAUCUACAUGCAGGGGUUGUUCUCACAGCUACUGCGACUGCGACUGCGACUGCAGUUACGACUACGACUACGAUUACGGCUACUGCUACCCCUCGGAUUCCUGGGGAGACAGUCUAUCAUCGCAGGUGGUAUUGACACGUUCACCAUCACGAACAACAACAAUACCUUCGGAUGGGAUCUGGUGGUGGAAUGACACUGACAACAAGAUGAGGGCAAGUACGACGAGGGGCUCGAAUGGGCUGACGACGAGGGCUAGGCUCUAUAAUCGCCAACAACCGCCGCAGCAGGAACAGCAGCAGGAGCAGGGCCAGACUUUCAGUCCCACCUCCCAGGGCUUAGUAGUGAGAAGGCCGCUGAACAUGGGAGCUGAAGAACGAAGGAAAGCGCGACCAGGAAGCCUCCUCGCCCGACCUCCUGCCUCUGCUUCUACUUCCUCCUCUACUCCGCUGCGCAAGUCCUUCCCUUCAGCCGCCACCAAUACUCGUAGUCGACUAUUCGAAGGGACGAUAUCCUCGCGGUCCAAGAUGGUCGGCGCACCACCAGCAAUAAUGGCUGCGACGAGGGCCACAGCAGCGCAAGAGCCCCGAAGAGCGUCGGGCAUUAAUCCCACCCCGCCGAGAAGAGUGCGAUGGACGAGCAAGUUUGAGAAUCUGCGCGCUCAGGGUAACAGAGAGCAAUUGCAGCCGCAGCCGCAGUUGCAGCAGACGAGGACGAAGAGAGAAUCGACGGGGCUGCGUGCAGCACCUGCGCCUGCGCCUGCUCCUGCACCCGCGAUAGGUUCGAGGAGGGAGUCUUUCAGAAGGAAUUCGCAACUCGCUCCUCCUGCUGCUGCUGCUCCACGGCUGCCAUCAUCCUCGAUAGGACCGAAAAGGGAGCCGCCUCUACGAAGGAAUUCGCAACUGGGUCCUCCUGUUGUUGCUCCUGCACAGCUCUCAUCAUCUGUGAUAGGACCGAAGAGAGAGUCUAUACGAAGGAAUUCGCAAUUGGCUCCUCCUCCUGCUGCUGCUGCUCCACGGCUACCGUCAUCCUCGGUAGGGCCGAAAAGGGAGCCUCUACGAAGGAAUUCACAACUGGCUCCUCGUCCUGCUCCUUCACAGCUACCAUCAUCAUCACCCCCGAGGUUACGAGCCACACAUGCCCAAAAGGAAGAUAAUAGUGGUAGUGGUAGUGGCAACAGACCUGGUUCCAUUAGGGCUGGGCCUCCUGCUCCCAGAACAGCACGACCACCACUAGCAACCGCAACAACAGCCCACCGCAAACCCACCGUAACCGUAACCCAGGACCCCCAACAACCACUCCGAAGGAUCACCCUCCACCGCGCCCAAGAAGAACCGAAAAAGCAGCUGCUCACCCCUACCCGUGCUCCCCCAGCCGCCACCACCACCACAACCCCGCGCCGCAGCUUCACCCACACGCGCAUCGCCUCCCUCCCCUCGAUCGUCAAAUCCCUCAACCGACCCAAACUCAUCGCGGGCCCGAAGUCUUUCGCCCAGGUCUGGGAAGCCCGGCCGCCGGCCUACUGGCUGGGCCGGUUCGUGACCCUGACCAAUGCGUUCCACUACGAGGACUCGUUCCGGCAGCCUGACGCAGCCACAGGGUCUCCAGGGAUGCUCUCGAGCUACCCCCAGCGGCCGCUGGCGGGGGCGGAUGCUGCUGCUGCGGUGGACGCACAUGCGAACGCAGACGCGGACGCAGACGACGGGGAUCUGCCGAAUUCCCGCGUCAAGCGGGCGUUCAUGCUGCUUGAGAAUGUCUGUGUGACGGACGAGGCGAGUGGGGGUUUGCGGAGGUUUCGGGAUGCGUAUGUGGCGAGGUUUGGGGAUCGGUGGAUGGAUUAAACCUGGUUUUUCUUCGGUUUGAG